GAAGCAACACAUACAACUUAAAAAGCCCCGCUUCAAUGAGCAGAAUUAGUUAACCACUAACCUUCAAAAUAAUUCACUCCAAAGGAAAACGAGCAAAUUCUCCGAGCAAAAUGAGCUGCACACUGUCACUGACCCUGCUGCUUCUGCUGACAAGCUGUGCAUAUCUUAUCAACGGUGCUCCUUUGGGAGUGGAUUUGCGUUGUAAGUGCGUCAAGACGAUAUCAGACUUCAUCCCUCCAAAACAAAUCGCUAACCUAAACAUAACACCAGAAGGACCACACUGCACUAACAUGGAAGUAAUUAUCACUCUGAAGAAUGGAGGGAAGGAGAUCUGUGUAAAUCCCGAAAUCAAAUGGGUGCAGAGAGUUAUUACAACAUUUAUGCACAGUGCUAAAGGGAAACAAUGAGAAAGAUCCUCUGGAGGACAUGACAGUUCCCUGUGAAAUGUCACAGUUUAACAAAUGUGUGCUGCAGAGCUAGCUUACUGCAGCAGGAAGUCAACUGAAUCUAAUGAUAGGACAGCUGAGUUGAAAUAGGAUGUUGCCUUAGUGCUGUACUUUGUGGUACAAUGCUGGUGCCACAUAAAUGAAUCCUGCCAUUAAGUAAAGCAUUUUGUUUUGGUAAUAAUGGGGUAAGCCCAAUUGUUAUAUAAGGGUGAUUAUUCAACACUAUUUGAGUUCUGAAUGCUCCCAAGACAUGCCUUGUUUGAAAUGUAUGACAUACCGUCAUGUUACUCUGAGGCUGAGAUUUGUCGGAUGUGUAAAAUUUGAAGCCCUUGGUGCAGGUACAUGAUUAGUCAUAGUUGUUUAAAACAAAACAAAAAAGCACACACAUUUGGCAUUAUUGACUGGCUGUGAUAUUAAUAAAUGCUGUUAAAAUAUUUAAGAAAAGUUAACUUACUUAGGAGUCACUUUUUAACAUAUAUAAAGAAAACUCUCCCAUGUAAGUUACCUUUCUUAACAGUACUGGGACUGGUGGAUUAAAUUAAAUCCAGAGCCCGCUCCUUCUCCACCCUCACCCCGCAGUGGUGGAACGACCUGCCUACAGAUGUUGGGACUGCCCAGU